GUUUUUGAAUGGGUUGGUUUUGAGCUUUGAUUGGUAUAUCAUAUUGAACCUUCCACACAGUAUAUUGGCAACCCAUUGUGCAGAAGUGUUUGACAGUGUGGUUGAGAAAAAUUAAUCAGUCUGUGUUAAUUCUAUCACGAUACUAGACAUCAAUACUUUUCUUAGAUUACUAGACAUCAAGGAUAGGAUUUAAUGUAAAAAGGACAGAGCAAAAAGAACAAAGUUUGAAAGGUGGAUAACUAGGAGUCGACUGGGACCCAAGUCGGUCACUUUGCCUGUCCUUACAAGUUCAUUUAUUUCAAGAAGGCGGCUGCUAUAGCAGCCGAUAUAAAUAAGCAUGAACAAAUGCGUAAUAUUAAAGCUGAGUAUGAUGUUUACCUGCAAAGGACGUGUUAAUGUGCUUGUGGAGUUGUUGGUGCAUUCAUUUCUGAGUAGUUCUACUAAAUGCUUGUGUAAUUUACAGAUAUAGAUACAUAUAUAUGCUUAUAUGCAUUUGCUGUAUCUGAUGACUUGUCUUGGCAAUUAGUUCGCGGUUUAUAAUGGUUGAUAGCUUAGGUAAGAGUUGUGCGAUCCAAGUCAGAGCUUUCGAAUUGUUUAUUUCGCAUGUUUUUCAGACCCUAUUAUUUCUGGGUCCUAUCUUUAUUUACUGUUUAUCGAGUUAAUUAAUUUAUGUGCUUUGGAUCCUCACGUGUCACCUGUGGAUGAUAUAAGUUAGUGGUCGCUGUAUAGUAUGUCUGAUUUUUCGAUGCUACGACCUUGUAACAUUACGUUUCGUUUCUGCUACACAGGUUGAGUACCUAUAUACCCUAUAACGUCGUCUCUGUUCUUAGUUAUGAAACAUCGGUAUGUGGGUAUGUGGUGUAUCUUUAUGCAUUAUUCUCUUUUCAUUUCACCACCUCUCAUACAAGUCAUUUUUUUAGUUAUCCGGUGGGUAAUUAGUGCUCACUAGUGGAAUUCUCAUCUCAAUCUCUUACCAGGUCUUCCGCAACCAUUAUGCUGGUUGAAAUUGUGCAAUAACGGUUUGUUAAAACUGUCCCAAAGCCAAUUAUUUGGUCGGCACAUAAUAGUUAUGCUGUUUAUUUCAGGUUGUGCAAUUGACAAGUGAGUACUAUGAAAACCAUGAAGAUGUAGUUGUCACAGUGUUAUGGGAACACCAAGUAAUUAGAUAAGCGGAGUUAAUUGACAAAUUCGUUUAUUUUACGCUUAGUUGUAGUAGAUAUUUAAAACAGAAAAGUAGCACAAUGAAGUCAAUCUUAGAAAUUUAUUCACAUCCGGAUGAUAGCGUACGAAUAUAUUCAGUCUGUUCAGUAAUCUGUAUAAAAGCAGUAGAACUUAAGCCGUAAAAAUGUGUUAGUUAUAACCACCCAAUUUGAAAGCUGUAUCAUAGCCCCAGUAGGGUUCAAAGAUUUCCUGCACGUUCAGUCAUUUUGAUGGCUUAGAGUAUUAAUUCUGGACUUCUUGAAGAUGUUCUGUCGUAAGUAAUGAUUUUUUAAACACAAUACACAAUAUUGAGAAAUAAUUUAAAAUUUGACACAUUUUUUCAACUAGAUCAGAUCAACUCAGCAUAUAUUUCCAGUGUACGAAUUUAUUUCAACGAAUAUUCAUAUCUUUAAAUUUACUGCCUGCAGAAGUGUUGAUAAUAUCUAUUAUAAAUUAGCUAAGUGUACUACUAAAAAGACCAAUGCAUAUUUUCCGUUUUUUGGUCGUUGAAAAUUUAAAGAAUAUGAUUGGAGUCAAGUCCUACACUAUUUCAGCUUCUUAUUUGUUCUUGAUCUUAGCUUCAGCUGGAAAAUGUUAAGCUCCUGAAUCUGUUUUGUAUUUAUCUAACUUGGGAUGCCGGGUAACCUUGGGAACUUUGAGGUGAUAGAGCUGUCAAUGUUGAAGAAACAUAUGUUUUUUCCUCUUUCUGGUUUGGGGAAUUUUACUGCUCAGACUUUAUUAUAUCCAUUCGUCUUGCUUCGUACAAGACUCCAACUUCAGGAAGGUGCCCAGGUUUAUCGUGGUCUUGUACAUGCAAUUUCUUCUGUUGUCAAAGAAGAGGGUUUUCGAGGAUUGUAUAGUGGCUACUUGGUCCGAUCAUUUCACAUAUUCUCAGGUACUAUCUACGUUUCCACAUAUGAAGUAGCCAGACAAGCAUGUACAGUCUUUCCAGCACUAAGUCCUGUUCAUCGAUCUUUUGUUGGUGGUGCAGUGGCUUCAUGUAUUGCUCAAGGUUUUUUCGUUCCGAUUGAUGUUGUGUCUCAACACUUAAUGGUUGUGAAUUGUAAUCGUGUUCAUGCAAAUAUGGUCAACAAAAAUUCAAAUCUAUCAUUUAACCCACACCGUUUUCGCCCAUUAACUCCGGUUCAUUUAACACAAAAUGAAAUGAAUUCCAAUUGGGGUCGUCUUUGUGGCGUAAUUCGUUAUAUUAAACAGACUCACGGGUUAAAAGGUUUCUACAAAGGUUGUUUAAUAUCUAUGUGCACUUUUGUACCUAGUUCGGCAUUGUGGUGGUCUUUUUAUGAUAAAUUUUGUAAUCUGAUCCAUUUUAUUUCAAAGAAAAUGUGUAAGGAACAUGUUCAAGACUCGGCAUUGUCACCAUCAGAGGAUGAUUCUGCUCCAGUUCCAAGGUUAUUGAUUCAAUUGAUUUCGGCUCCUCUAGCUGGAAUUUCAUCUGCUAUUAUUGUUAAUCCUCUUGAUGUUGUUCGUGUACGAAUGCAGGUUUCACAUAUACCAUUCAAACAAAGUGUUAUUCAUUUAUGGCAAUUUGAAGGAAUACGUUGGUUUUCCAAAGGUUUAUCCGCUCGUCUUAUCCAAACAACAUUUCAUUCAUUUUGGGUUGUUUUAGUUUAUGAACCUAUGAAGUUAUUUUGUUUAAAAGAUGAUUAUCGGAAUAAAUUUUCUAAUGUAUAGAUAGAUGAAAAGAAAAUUAUUGCGUCUUUUUAUUUUUUCUUUAAUGAUUUAUGUAUUAUUUGAUUGUGUAUCAAUCGAGCAUUAUGGCUACCACUACUACUACUAUCAACACACUGUAUUUAUAGAAAUUUUCCCGAAUUGUAUAUAUAUUUUUCGAUAAAUCUAUUUUGAUUGUGAUAUAUACUUAUGUAGUUGAUAAGUAUGUUAUUUAUCAUCUUUCAUAGUUUUGUCUAUUAGACCAUAACAACUAUAUUGUUUAUGUUAAAUGCUAAUAAUAAGCUGUUAAAUUUCCACAGAAUCCUAUUCAGUAUGUACAAUAAAGUUAACUUGCACAUAAACUAAUUAAUUUUCAAUCAAUAAUGAAGUAAUUAUAGUAGAAUGAAAUAGUUAUCAAUACUACGUUUCUUCAUUUUAUAUGAGACCAAAUGAUAGAGCAAAAGAUUUCUGACUAACAAAAUGAAAGGAGUAUUGUAUUAGUUGGGUUUUCCAUACCCGUCAGGUGUAAUAGAGUUCAUUUAAUUAAUAAUUUGUAAGUAAUAACUCUAUAUCGCCUUUUUAACAUAGUAGAGAAAACUUAUACCUCAGGUGGAUGGUUUUAUUCAGUUUUGUUUUCUUAGUUAACCGUUGUUACUGACUGACUAACUGACUGAGUUCUUCA